UGUACUGAAGGCUUUGUGUAGUGAUUUUAUGUAAUCAAAUUACAAAAAUUGUUUAUGAAAAUGAUUAUUUGAAACUGUAGUAAAAAUGCCAACACUGAUAAGAAAAUCGAUCCAAUUAACCUGAGUGGAGAUGACGAAUGCCAUUUUUCCGUGAACUGUAAAUGUGAUUCAUUGAAGUUCAACCCACGUGUAGCAGCAACUAAAAGACAAUAGGUACUUUAAUUUUACUGCUCAUUUCAUCAUGGCAUUGUUCACAUAAUUGAACAGUCACAGUUCACACUUUGAUGCGAUUCUUUGAUUUCAGUCACAAAAUAUGUUCAGGUCAGCUUUUAUAUUGUUGGUACUGUUAAGCAUUGCAGUGUACGCAUUUCCCGAUAACUACUUUGAAGAUCUGCUUUUUGAGGAUGGAAUUGCCAUUGCACCUCCUCAUCGGUUACAAAAACGUGGCAACAUAGUGAAUGCAGGGCACGUAAAGAAGCAGACAAUUUUCAAUGUGGAUAAUGGAAGAGGAGGAGGCAGAUGGACAUACCCAAGUGUUGAUGGUGGGAAAAGUGGUACAGGUGGUGGUAGUCAAGAUGGUACAGGCGGUGGUGCUCAAGAUGGUUCAGGUGGUGGUGAUCAAGGUGGUACAGGUGGUGGUGCUCAAGAUACUGCAGGUGGUACAGGCAGUGAUGGAAAAGGUGGUAGAGAUGGUAAAGAUACGGCUAGUAAAGGAGAAACUGGUGAAGGUGGUAGAGGAAAGGGAAGGGUGAAAAAUAUGAAAAUAAAAAUAAAAGAUAUUGGCGGAUCAUAAGUUAUUCACCACUUAAAAAUGAAUAAUGGGACCAACCAAACUUGUAUGAUUUUAUAGAUGUGUACGUGUGAUUCAAUAAUUUCCUAUUAAACUUAAAACAUGUUA